GCGAGUGUGUGUAAGAAAUUAGUAGUCUAGAAGAAAAUCCGCUGAUAGAACAAGUAAAUGAAUCAUGUGGUCCGCUCGUUUCGUAGUUUUCGCACCGUGAUGCGAAAAGGAGACGGAAUUCAUAAUCGAGGAUUCGAAACUAAAGCUUUUAGCUUUUACAUUCGACAAAAAUGACCGAACAGCGAUCCAGUUCAAGUUGUUGUACAGAUUCUGGCCGCUGCUCGGCUGGAUUUCCAUGACGUCGCUGUCGUUGGUCGAGUGAUUGGCGCUGGAGCGGCGUCUCGAGGUUGUGUUGGCCCAGUAGGAAGUGGACGCGGAAGAGGUCAGAUCGAGCUGAGAAGACGUGGAAGUGCCGAAGAACCACGACGACGGGUGAAACGAACUUCCAGAGUUGCGACCCUUCCACUAAAAUGCGCACAAAGAUGUGGGAGUGGGCGUACGUCGGCAUCAACGCUUCGUUGCCCGGGGAUGGCGGCCCUGAGUGUGCAGCUUACCUCAGCAAAAGGGUCAUUUGGGUCGAGACAGUUUACACGAGCAUCCUCGCGUCCCUGCUGAUCGCAUGGGGUUGGCGCCACGUGACCUUUUGCCAACCGCCCGACUACAAAGCGCCUAUGCCUCACCGUCCAGUCUACACGCAACGGCAGCUGCAGACCAAGACCUACCUUUUGCUGGCCUACAGCUUCAUUUGGGGCGUCGAGGUCGGCUUCAAGUUUGCCUCGCAAACUGUCCUGUACCUUUUCAACCCUUGUCACAUCGUGACCAUGAUGCAGUUGUACCUUUUGGCCGCACCUCCAAGUAAAACUGCAAGUGGAUGGUUUCGUCUCCACCUAAACUACCUUAACGGUGCCAUCCUGGCUUUUGUUUUUCCUGUUACAGACUCAAGACAGCUACCUUUUGAGACUGUGACAUAUUGGUUGCAACACUCAAUGAUGCUCAUUGUACCUGCUUAUCUCAUCAAAAUGAAAGGCGUUUACACAGUCGAGUCUGUCCGUGAUUUCAGCUGGAACGCCUUGGCCUACGGUUUCAUUUUAUUUUACCACUUUAUCGUCCUUAAUUUUGUUGGAAGACCAUUUGAAGUGAAUUUGAACCACAUGCUAUGUCCCUUGCCGGCCGACCCUUUCAAUGGGCAAUGGUACCGGUCGGCAGCUGUUGUCCACGAAGCUCUCCUCUGCCCCCUGUGCAGCAAGAUGAUGUGCCUUUACCAGGACUUCAUAAAUAAGGGAGACAUUUAUGAAAUCGAGAGUGCCAAAGACAAGAAUCAAACUGCGGAAAAGUCUCGUUGCGGAAGAGCGCCUGGAGAGAACGGGUCAGCAACUCGGAAACUCUCGCAUGUGGAGUAAGAGCUGCAAGCUGUGGCUCAAAUGAUCUCACUUUCAUUGGGAAAAGCGCUCAGUGGAUGAAAACCACAGCUAUUACUCAAGUGUUAAUUAAUUUAUUGACUGCGAAACGGUAACUUUGUAGAACGGCCUUAAGCGCAAAGUCUGUCAAGUUGGCAUGUUGUAGGUUUGCCAAGGGAAUUUUAAAAAUAUGUAAUAUGAUUUAGUCAUUUUUUUAGUGUGUAAAAUCGGCUUUAGAUUCACGUAUUGUUAAAAAGAAAAACUCAUCGGAGGUUGUGACCAAAUUUUAAUUCGAGCGAUGCAGAGAGAUUAGCUCAGUUGAAGCACUUCUCAUGGUAGAAUCUUCGCCUGGUGCGUUAGGUGCUGGAAAAUGUGUGAAUUCAUUUCUUACCGUAAGGCGACGUAAAAAAUCAAAUUGUUGAAUAUCUUGUAGCGAAAAUUGUACGAAAAUAACCUUGCAUGUGACUUGUAUCAAAUCAUGAAGGCAGAGAAGAGUGGAAUAUUUACAAUUUUACAUAAAUCGUGGCCUCUCUUAUAUAGAAAUGUAAUGUGAUAGGAUUGCGAUUUGAUAUAGUUGAGAUCUAAUAUGAAAUGGCAAAGUUGCGAUUUGAUUAUUUGUUGCUCAUCAGAUGAGCUGCAUAUAUACUUGUUACAUUAGACGUAUCAAAAAAGUUGAGAUUGACAAAUUUCUGAAAAUUGGUUGGCUUUGAAAAAAAUGUGUUGAUUUAGAACAUUUUGCAAUAAUUAAAAUCAAAUAGGAAAGAUUCUGAAAGGCUCUGUUGUAAAGAGCCAACAAAUUUUAUUGCAUCCAAUUUCUACCAAAGUUGAAGACCAAAGAGGUAGCCGUGAAUAUAAUAAUGCAAAAAUGAAUUCUACGAUAAACUUUGGAUAGUCUGAGAAUUCCGUCAUAGUCACAAGCAAAUGACUUUAGUCUGCCAUUUUGCUUAUAAUAUGUCAGUUUUUUUUCUUCAUUUUGAAAUACAUUUUGUGAUAUUAAUUUAUGCACUCAUUAGCAUACUUUGUGCCAUUGUUAUACUUGCAAGUUUCUUUCCUUCCAUGCUGUAGUUCAUUUGUCAUUUGAUUCCAAAUAUGGAGACAAUACAAUUUAUACCUUCAAAUUCUAUAUCUACCCCUACAUUCGCAUUAAGCUGUGAUUUAAACAUUAUAUUAUAGGGGAUAAGUAUAUCAAAAUGUUGCUUAUAUUUAAAAAAAAAAAAUGACAGUUAAACAAUGAAAAAAGUCUCGAGUUGAAUAGAAAUAUAGCAUAUAAUAUAAAUUAUAUUAGAUGCUCAUAACUUUGAGCAGUUUCUUUGUUCACCUUGUAUAGAAGACCAUUACUAGUCUUUCAAAACUGUGUAACUCAAUUAUCAUCAAAUUAUUAUUUAGAUCUUGUCUCUCAAUAAAUCAAUAAAAAAAAAUGCCAUUUUCAUAGCCACUCUGGUAUUUUUUUUUUU